GGGCUAGUUGCUGCAUACGGAACGAUGAGACUCUGAGAACGUCAGGUUCUUUGUGACCCCAGGAGGUCUUCAGACAUCUGUGACUUGACCGAUCUACCCCUCAUCAACUGCCAUGACUACUACCAAUAUCACACGCACAUUCAUGGGCGUUCGCUCGAUAAGACUGUAUCCUGCUAGAUUGCCGCGUCGGUAGAUGAAUACGCAAGGCUAUAUCCUAGUCCAUGGCUGGGUGGGCUUUGGCGCAAUUGUUAUUUGCGAAGAGGAGGAGAGAAGGUCUCCUGAUGACCUCUACUUUCUAAAGAAUUGCCUAUACAAACAUCAAGGCUAUAAAGUGUGGCCAGAGCCGCUGUUGAUAGGCACUUUAUCAGCAUUUACCAUGACGAAUUCUCAACAGGAUCGGGUCUCCGAUGGUGCGCAACAUGUCGCUACCAUACAUUCGUCAAAGGACUUUUCUCCAUUGCUAAAGCUUCCAGAUGAAAUACGAAAUAUGGUAUACGAAUACCUCCUAGCAUCAACACUACAUCUAGUCAGCAGGGGCCACAUGCCACUUAUCCAGUUUGCAAACAUAUGCACACAGAUACGAUGCGAAUUCCAGCCAAUGCUGCUAUCCCAGCACGUUGUGAACAUCGAUAACGCAUGCCGCUACAUCGAGACGUUUCUCAUCGCCACGAAUUUCGACAUCAAGCACUACGAGAAGUUUGAGCCUGUGAGAAAGGUACAUAUUGGGGUCAUACAAAAAAGGGAUGGCACAUUUCUCAUCAGCGACCUCGUGCCACUCUUGCGACUUCUCAUCAACCAUCCAAUGGAUGUCAAGGUUACUUUCGACCACGAUCCAGAUACCCCUCUUGAGUCCUUAGAGAAGCUCUUGCGAUAUCGAAGCGAGUACCGGACAUCGUUGCUCAAUCGCUGCGACCUCGUGGACAUGUUGAGAUUCAGCGCGCAGUCAUUGGGUGGUGCGUUUCCUGUGUAUAUCAAUGCGGGUCUCAGAGAACAAGGCAACGGGUGGGCUACGUCUUCCAAAUCCUACGAUAUCAGCUGUAGUAACCUCGUUGGUCCUCGCGAGACGCGCAUCGAGAAGAUACAUAUCUUCGAAGGUCGGAAAGGUCGUCUGAUGAUAGGUCUGUCGCGGGUUUCUGACGCAAAAUGACAGCACAAGGUAAGUUCAUGCAAAGAGAUCGGAAGGAGGCGGGUGGCUAUUCCUUCCUCUAACGGCGUGUAC